AUGUCCUUCACUCCAAAGACGCCAGCCAGCUCCGGCGGCGGUGCCGAGAGCGUUGCGGAGGGUAGCGGGGCCAGACCAACUCCACACACUGCAGCUCACCUCAUGACGAUGAUGGGUGAGCCCUCGCCGGCGAGCACGUACGGUGAGACGGUCGUCGGAGGUGACAGCGUCCCGGCGACGCCGCUGAGUGCGAACGGAACCGACAUCACAAGCGGCUUGAACGAUGGCUUGAACAAGAUGACAAUGAACGAUGCAGUCGAUUCAGUUGGCGAAGUCCAGGCGAGGCAUCCGAUUUACGGAUUGGGUCUCUCUACGAACCAUCUAUCCGGCUCCAGCCCGGCCCAGCUUGGACACAUGGUCGACCCCGGACCAUCGAGGCCUUUCGUCCUUCAGAGCACAGCAAGCGGCGAAGCUGACGACCCUUUCACCGCUGGAAGCGCGACGUCCGCACCCACUUCGACGUUAGAUGCCCAGAGUGCUACUUCAGACUCCAAUGAUGACGAUGAUGCUGUCGAUCAGCCGGGCGGAGCGGCAUUGCCCGCGCAAGAGGCUCCGAUUACCCCCAACGCCCGUCUUCUGACAGAACCCCUCUCACCGGAGAAUGCUCAGGCUGUAUUCUUGCCGGACUCAUGUGUUUUCGUAGCGAAUCUUCCAACCAGGAUGUCGGAUGAAGAAUUGGGAGAUGAAGUCACUCGUGUCUUCAAGCAGUUCGGACACUGCUACGUAAAGAUCAAGCGCGAUUUACGGAACAUGCCUCACGCGUUUGUGCAGUACACGCUCAAGGCCAAUGCCGAUGCUGCCAUUGAGCAUGGCAACGGAAGCCUGAUCUUCGAUCGCCCCUGUCGGGUCGAGAGCAGCAAUGCGCACCGGUCAAUCUAUCUGACACGUCGUGACGGGACCCGGCCUCUCGAGGGUGAUGUUCUGAGGUUGUUGAGAUCGUACGGUGAGGUCUGCAAGCUCUGGUACCCUACAGACACCGAGAGGGAGUUGUGGGGUCUCCCAAGGGGUAUCUGGGCGAAGUUCACGUUCUGGCAAGACUACAGCGACGCUUGUAGAGGCUUGCGCGACCAUGCGGUGUACCGCGUUGAGGAGAGGAAGGCGCCAAGGAAGGGAGACACCUUCCAUCAUUACUCUGGUCCGGUUCCAUUUCACGCACCGGUGUAUUUCGAUCCGACGAUCCAUGACCCACGCGGGGUGUUUGUUGGCGACUUGCCCCAUACAAUCAAGGAGCAUGAGAUUCUACGCUCUUUCGAGGCCUUCGGACCGGUUGAGACCAUCAAACUCAGGCUGAGGCCGGGGAAUGGAUUCACGUCUUACGCGUACAUCACGUACUUUCGCCCGCAAAACGCUACGCGUGCUGUACGCAGCCUGCGCAGCACGCUGCUGAUCGGCAACAACAGAAGGGUGCGAGUUGAGUUCAAGCGCCGCGAUCGCCAGGAUGCUCCGUCGUACUCAGCCUUGUUCGCACAAUGGAUGUCCGCCAGUCGCGAAAUGGGCAUUCCUCCUCCGGGCUACCCGAUGGGUGCUUCGAACAUGUAUGUUCCGGGAGCAGGCGUUGCGCCGUACCCAGGCUCUAGCAUAUUCCCCGCCACCUCAGCUGCGCUUUACCAUCUACCGGCUUUGCCCCAGCCAGCGUCCGGGAUGUCAAUGUCGCUGCCCACCCAAGGCAUGACGGCCCAGAACAUGCCAGCUCUCACGAACGUUGCCCACGUUCCGAACCCAGGUCAUCUGGCACCCAAUGGCAGCAACGGCAACCAGUGGAUCAACGGCUCCUUCGCUACUCACCACCAAGCCCAGUAG